CUGGUGACGUGGCCCUCUGUGGGAUGGGCCUGGACGGUCUUGUUUUCUUCUAAAGAUUGUCGUGGAUAAUUGAAGUCAUUCAUUCCGCUUCCAAAUCAUUAGUUCAUUCUUAGGAGCCAUUAUGUUUUCCAAGUACGUUUUGAUAUCAACCUAGAAUGGAGUGGACAGAGAAGAUCUUGCUGACAAGCCUGCGGAGCCCAGGCCUUUUGGAGCAUCUCUGGGGCUGGUGCAGCGGAGGUCCCGGGCACACGCAGCCACUCCCGCCAGGAGGCUGCCAUGCCCCACAGUCCUGAGGAUGAGGAUCCCCCUGGAGACCCACAGGCAACCCAGAGCCCCACCGGCCAAGGCCCUCCCUCUACAGGAGUCUCUUAUAGUCCACCCACGAUUGUCCUGACUGGGGAUGCCAGUUCACCGGAGGAAGAAACCAACAAAAACUUGGCCAACAGAGCUCACAGUCCUCACAGGAGGCUCUCUCACAGACACUUGAAGGUUUCCACUACGUCGCUGACCUCCGUGGACCCUGCGGGACAUGUCAUUGACCUGGUAAAUGACCAGCUUCCGGACAUCAGCAUCUCAGAGGAGGACAAGCAGAAAAACCUGGCGCUGCUGGAAGAAGCCAAGUCAGUGAGCGAGCGGUUCCUGAGCCGCCGUGGGAGGAAGUCCAGGAGCAGCCCUGGAGACUCCCCAACAGCUGUUUCCCCAAACCUCAGCCCGGGAGCUUCUCCUGUUUCCUCUCGGAGCAACUCGCUCACAGUGCCCUCCCCGCCAGGGUUGGAUGUAUGCAGUGGCCCACAGUUCCCUCUGCCCGGAGCGCCACCACAGCAGAAGGAGGAUGAAGCUGAAGUCUCUUCACCUCUCAUUGGCGAGCCUAAUGUCUCCAAAGGGCUAGCUGACCGGAAGCAGAAUGAUCAAAGGAAAGUGUCUCAGGGCAGGCUGACUCCUCGCUCUCCUACGCUUGUUGAGAAGUCCAAAGAGAUUGAAAUAGAACAAAAGGAAAACUUCGAUCCCCUCCAGCACCCUGAGACCACACCCAAGGGCCCAGCACCUGGUAUAAGCAGUGGUGGGAAAAUGGCCCUGAACAGCCCCCAGCCCAGCGCUGUAGAGAGUGAGCUGGGGAAGCAGAUACUGAAGACAGCCAGGGAGGGCAACCCCCUACCAAGAAGCCCAGCUCAGGGCACAGGAGGGGUGGCUCCUCCCACAGGGGAGCCCACAGGCCCCAAGGUUGGCUCCAAAGUGGAGCUGCGGCCCCCUGUGUCCCGGCCCCCACUGCUGCGGGGGGUCUCCUGGGAUAGUAGCCCUGAAGAACCUGGUCCCCGGCUGCAAAAAGUGCUUGCCAAGCUGCCACUGGCAGAGGAAGAAAAGCGUUUUUCAGGCAAAGCUGGCGGCAAACUGGCCAAGACACCUGGGCUCAAAGACCUUCAGAUCCAAGUGCAGCCCGUCCGGAUGCAAAAACUGACCAAGCUCCGCGAGGAGCACAUCCUGAUGAGAAAUCAGAACUUGGUGGGGCUCAAGCUUCCAGACCUUAGUGAGGCAGCCGAGCAGGAAAAAGGGCUCCCUUCUGAACUCUCACCAGCUAUUGAAGAGGAAGAAUUAAGGAGUGGCUUGGAUGUCAUGCCCAAUAUUUCUGAUGUGCUGCUGCGCAAACUGCGAGUCCACAAGUCUCUCCCUGGAAGUGCCCCUCCACUCACUGAAAAGGAAGUUGAGAACGUGUUUGUGCAACUGUCCUUGGCCUUUAGAAAUGACAGCUACACCCUGGAAUCUAGAAUUAGCCAGGCAGAAAGAGAACGCAACCUGACAGAGGAGAACACCGAGAAGGAACUGGAAAACUUCAAAGCUUCCAUUACGUCCUCAGCUUCUCUCUGGCACCACUGUGAGCACCGGGAGACCUACCAGAAGCUGCUAGAGGACAUCGCCGUCUUGCAUCGCCUGGCUGCCCGCCUCUCCAGCCGAGCUGAGAUGGUGGGCGCUGUCCGCCAGGAAAAGCGCAUGUCAAAAGCAACAGAAGUGAUGAUGCAGUACGUGGAGAAUCUGAAGAGGACAUAUGAGAAGGACCAUGCGGAGCUCAUGGAGUUUAAAAAACUUGCAAAUCAGAAUUCAAGUCGCAGCUGUGGGCCUUCUGAGGAUGGAGUCCCUCGCACGGCACGGUCAAUGUCUCUGACACUGGGAAAGAAUAUGCCCCGCCGGAGGGUCAGCGUUGCUGUUGUUCCCAAGUUUAAUGCCCUGAACUUGCCUGGCCAAUCUCCCAGCUCAUCACCCAUCCCCUCCUUGCCAACCCUGUCAGAAUCAUCCAAUGGGAAAGGCCACCUACCUGUCACCUCAGCACUACCUGCACUUUUGGAAAAUGGAAAGACAAAUGGGGAUCCAGAUUGUGAAGUCUCUGCUCCCCUCCCAACUCCGAGCAACCUGGAGGAAGGUAGUCAGGAGGCUAAGGCCAGGAUGGAGGAAGAAGCUUACAACAAGGGAUACCAGGAAGGUCUAAAGAAGACCAAAGAGCUUCAAGAUCUAAAGGAGGAAGAAGAAGAACAGAAGAAUGAGAGUCCCGAGGAAACUGAAGAGGUAGAAGAAAUUGAGGAAGAGAACCAGAGAAGCAGCAAACUUGAAGAAUUGGUCCAUUUCUUACACGUCAUGUAUCCCAAGCUGUGUCAGCACUGGAGAGUGAUCUGGGUAAUGGCUGCUAUGAUGCUGGUCUUGACUGUUGUUCUUGGGCUCUACAACUCCUAUAACUCUUGUGUGGAGCAGGCCGAGGAGCCCCUUGGAAGAUCCACUUGCUCAGAAGCCCAGAGGGACUCCUGGUGGAGCUCAGGACUCCAGCAUGAGCAGCCCACAGAGUAAUAGGAAACUUGAUGCCUAGCUGGAGCCCUACUCCAGUAUGCUCAGCCUACCAUCCUUUUCCUAAGUACAGUGUGUUAGGGCAAGGUGGGGACAUGCUGUCACCUGUCCCAUCAGGGAAUGAAGAAGGGUUCCUUUCACACUUAGCAUCUUUGUGGAAGCCAUUCCUACACAGCAAGUGAUGUUCUUGGAGGAUCAACAAAACUGCUCUGGGAAAGAAUCUGGUGGACAAAGAAGUCACCUUCAUUAAGGAACUCUAACUAAAGGGAAGGUCUCCUGCCCCUAGCUUAGGUGGCUGGAGAGAACUAAAAUGCCUUCACUGGGGGCACUCUUCCCUUUUUUCUCUCUGCAAUCAGUCAUCAGGAAGAAUUGUACUUAAUGGCUAAUACUGACCCUAAGGAUCAGACCUGGAAUUUGGAGUUGCAACAUGAAUAUCUUCCCAUUUCCCAUCUCAUUUUUAAUAACUAUCCUUCAGCCUCCCCUUCUCCCUUUAGAAUCAAAAUUUCUUUUUACAAAAGUGGCAAAGGUUUUCAGAAAGAUGUAUAGGCUGAAUUUAGCCCAGUGCUUGAAAUGAAAUGGGAAGAUGUGAACUAUUAUGUAUGUAUCUGUACACACAACCUACACACACACACACACAACAGGCAUGUGCACAAAGCCAACAACCUUCCAAAAGUGUGCUCUCAGUGUGUCCUCUGGGUAAUUUAAGAUGCACCUUAAGCUAACCCACAGGUUUUCACUAGGUGUGGGAUAGUCACCUGUUUAGAAAGAUCCCCACAUGGAUUGAAGAUGUUUGAAAAACACUGAAAACUCAUGGCUUCAAUGGCAAACUUGCUGGUCUCAAUUUCAAAUGCCAGUUCUAAGCUGCUGUACAGCACAAUCUAUUCCCUACUCUCUCUUUUUGAAGCACUUAACCCAGCUCUUGGGUGAAUGAUGAGAAAUGGUGUGCUUUUGGUGUUGUGCUCUCUGCGCAUGUGCCCACAUGCAAGAGCAUGAUUGCACAUUAGUUCCUCAGUUCAAGUGGGUUGGAAAUCCCAGUGAAUGUUUCAGAGCAUUCUCGAUUGUUUAGCAUAAAAUUUAAGCAGCAUAUCCUAUCUCCAAAUGACUUUUCUCUGUACCAUUAUAGUACUGUCUUCAUUCAGCCCUCAUCAGUUUUCAUGUGGGUUUUUUUUUCCCCAUUUGUUUUUGUUUUGUUAUUGACAUUGUUAGCUUUGCUGCUAACACUCAUAUAGAAUUUACUGUGAGCCAAGCACUGUUCUCAGUAUUGUAUAGGUUGUAAUUCACUUAGUUCUCAAGGAAAAAGAAAAAAUGAUAAGGCAUGAGUUGUACUCUUCCCAUGUCUUGAUAAGGAAACUGAAACACAAAAAAGACAAGUAACUUGCCAAAGACACCUGGCUUAUAAAUCAUGGAGCCAGCACUCAGACCUAAGUGGUCUUGCUCCAGGGGCUGCGCUCUCAUCCCCAAUACCACAUCGCUUCUUCUAAUGGGCCCCUAACGGAAUGCCUUCCAUUCCAGUCUCACUCCCCCAAGUUACCCUUCAGCUAUGCCAAACCAUCUCUGUUCUCAAACUAAAGGGUUUCCCUCACAGCUAUGAAACUCUACUAGCUAAUUUUCUUCUGCCAUUUUUUCUCUCUUUUUCUGGUCACUCUUCAGGACGAAGUGCAAAAAUUACCCCCCCCCCCCAUACACAUAAGCUUUGACGACCUCUCUGCCAUAUCUACCACCAUACCCAACAUAAUAACGCAUGCCCUUCUCUGUGUUUUAUUGCACUUCUAAAAUAUUUUCAACAUUGACCCUGACCUAUAGCAUAUUACAAUAAUUUAUUUAUAGAUCUGUCUGCCCCACAUUUUCCCUCAAAGACAAGAACAAUGUCUUACCAACUCUUGGAUAAGAGCCGAGGAUGCUGGCUAAUGCUUGGGAGGAUGUCAUUAAACAUUGGUCCAAAGAACAA